AUGGAUCCUAGAGAUGAGGACUUAAAGGCUGAAGGAAUAGAAGAUUCAGAUACUUCCAGUGAAGAGGACAUUGAUACCUCCAAGGUGUUGUGGGGUAUAGUUUGCCAGGUUAUGGCAGAGAUGAAGAAGGAACCUAAAGAACAGAACCAUCCACUUACAGGUCAGGGCUGUAGCAUUAAGGAGUUUAUGAGGAUGAACCCUCCAGCCUUUGUAGGAGGACUUGAUCCAGUGGCUGCAGAGAAUUGGGUACAGGAAAUAGAAGAGAUUAUGAUUGUACUUAACUGCACGGACGAACAGAAGGUCCGAUAUGCCGCUUUCAAGAUGAUUGGAGAAGCGAAGAGUUGGUGGCUCUCUACGAGGUUGCUAGAGGAUCAGAGGGUCCAGAGUUUUUCAGAACUAGUUGAUAAGGCCUCGGUGUUGGAGAAGAGUAUUCAGAGCAGCACUGAGCCUUCAAAGCAGAAGAAGAGACCUGCACCAUCUAGUUUUCAGUCUGAGGCAAGUCAGGGAUCAACGAAGAAAGGGAAGGAAACAGUGGGCUCUGUAUGCCUAAAGUGUAAUAAGAGGCAUAGGGGCGAAUGUUGGUUUAACACUCCGAAUUGUUACAGGUGCUGUAACUCAGGGCAUAUUAAGAAAGAUUGUCGGGAACCCUUGCCUAUGGUCUCUGUUCAGAAUCAGGAUCGGGGAAAACAGCAGGUACCGCUUGGAAAAGGUGCUCCACCCUGGCUAUAUACAUUUCGAGCUGAGGAGGAUGCCAUUAGAGAAGCAUGUAUGAGAUUAUAUUUAAGAUAA